AUGGAAUACAUAGCAGGCUCUAUUUUGCUAACCAAGGUUGGAAGAGAUGUUGAUGCAAAGUCACUGGAGAUGCUUUUCAGGUCGAUAGAUGCACCUAUUGAGAGCGAGACUCUUGACCUUUUCUUGUCGAAAGUGUCUGGGAAGAGCAUGGAUGAGUUGAUGGCAAGCGGCAGCGAGCUGAUGAAAUCGUUUGCUGUUUCCUCAGCACCUGCCAGCGCGAAGGCAGAGGAGAAGAAGGAUGCACCUGCAGCGGCUGCAACCCAGGAACAAGAUGAUGACGCCGACUUUGAUAUUUUUGGUGCAUUUUAA